CCCAGGAUGGACGCCCGUUUCACCCGGGGCAAGUCCCCGCUGCUGGAGCGGGCGCUGGGCCGGCCGCGCUGCGAGGUGAGCCUCAGCGCCUUCGCCCUGCUCUUCUCGGAGCUGGUGCAGUACUGCCAGAACCGCGUCUACUCGGUGGCCGAGCUGCAGGCCAAGCUGGCCCGGCUGGGCCACCAGGUGGGCCUCCGCGUGCUGGACGCCCUGGUGGCCCGGGAGAAGAGCGGGCGGCGGGAGACCAAGGUCCUCAACAUCCUCCUCUUCGUCAAGGGCCCCGUCUGGCGGGCGCUCUUCGGCAAAGAGGCCGACAAGCUGGAGCAGGCCAACGACGACGACAAGACCUACUACGUCAUCGAGAAGGAGCCCCUGGUCAACACCUACAUCUCCGUCCCCAAGGAGAACAGCACCCUCAACUGCGCCGCCUUCACCGCCGGCCUGGUGGAGGCCGUCCUCACCGCCAGCGGCUUCCCCGCCAAGGUCACGGCCCACUGGCACAAGGGCACCACCCUCAUGAUCAAGUUCGAGGAGGCCGUCAUCGCCCGCGACAAGAGCCUGGAGGGGCGCUGAGGGGGCACCUGGCAGGGGGGUGAGGUUCUUCAGGAAGGUUCUCGGCUGCUCUUGGGGACGUUGGGGCUGGUUGAGGUCCCUGGGCUCCGGCCAACGUUCCUUCUGCUGGCCCUUGGUCUCUCCUGGGAACGUUUGAGCUCGUUUGGGUUCCUGGGCACCAUCUCUUGUCCCUCCUGGUGGCCCUUGGUCUCCCUCAGGGACAUUGGAGCUGCCUUGGGUUCCUGGUACCAUCUCUGGUCUCUCCUUGGGGACAUCGGAGCUGCUUUGGGUCCCUGGGCUCCAUCCAACGUCCCUCCUGGUGGCCCUUGGUCUCUCCUGGGGACAUUGGAGCUGCUUUGGGUUCCUGGUACCAUCUCUGGUCUCUCCUGGGGACAUUGGAGCUGCUUUGGGUCCCUCACCACCAUCCAACACCCAUCCUGAUGUUCCUUGGUCUCUCCUGGGGACGUUGGAGCUGCUUUGGGUCCCUGGGCUCCAUCCAACGUCCCUUCUGGUGGCCCUUGGUCUCCUCUGGGCACAGGGGCACCACUCUCAUGGUCAAGUUCGAGGAGGCCGCCAUCGCCCGCGACAAGAGCCUGGAGGGGCGCUGAGGGGGCACCUGGGAGGGGGUCGGGGUCCUCGCUGCCACCCCCUGGGCCUCAGGGUGGUUCUUGGCUGCUCUUGGGGACGUUGGAGCUGGUUGGGGUCCCUGGGCACCAUCCAACGUCCCUCCUGGUGGCCCUUGGUCUCUCCGGGAGCUCUUUGUGUCCCUCACCCUGUCCCUUGUCCCUCAGGACGCUCAGGUUGGGUGGUGUCACUAUAAACCGUCUCUUGUCCCUCCCGUG